AUAACUCACGAGCUUCCAGCUUACGUGCCAUUAAAAAACAAGCCUUCACAUCUCUAGCCUUAAAAUCUUUUUCCAAAUUUUUGGAAAAUUUUUCGCAAAACUCAACAAAAAGAAAUUUCCGCAAUGGCCGAGGAUGAGAACCAGAUCGAGCAUGAAGUAGUGGAGCCCAAGGAGCCCAUUGUGGCAGGUGGAGCCUGCACCCGAUGGCUGCAGCGGGUAAGGCGAACGCGAUUCCUCCGUUGGAUUGCCCUGCCCAAGGUUGGUGGUAACAAGAUACACCGCGACCAGGAGGCUCAGCUCCAAAAUCAGGUGCAAAGGCGCCUCUUCUGCUAUUGGAUGUUGAUCGGCUGCUUUGCCCUGGGACUGUUUCUGGAGCGUUACAUACACUCCAGGGCUCCCAGCAUGCAAGACAGCUACUGCAAACGUUCUUAUCGGUUGGGAGACAUGAUGACCCAUGUCCGCCGUCAGGUGUUGCUCCAGGAGCAGGCACUGGAUCAGCUAGAGUGGGCCCUGGACAAUGGCACCUUUCGGAACAUCGCCUUAGUGGGUACUCCUGACGUGGGCAAAAGCCACACUGCCCGGUCGCUCCGAGAGACCUUUCCUUGGCCGGAAAAUGUGAAAACUCUCUCCUGGCGGGAAUCUCCUUCCCUGCUGCGUGUCCAGAGCAUGCUGAAGAACCUCCUCCUGUGCGGACAGAACCUCAUCCUGAUCGACGACUUGACUCCACUGAAUGGACACUUGGUGCCGAUCAUUAAUGAGCUGAUCCGCGGACGAAAGGAGAUCGCCCAGGCCUCAUCCUCAUCCAAAAAAUCCGAGUCCGAUCCACGUCUUAAGCAGUUAACUUCGAUCUUUAUAUUCACCCUGGAUCGCCAUCAGCCAGAGGAGAUUUUCCAGGCGGAAAUGGCAGCUCUUAAGGAGCUUCCGGAAACCCAUGUCAUUAUCUAUGCCGCCCUGGAACACAGUCAACUCGCGGAAGUUAAGAAUGUAGCCGGCUCCGAGGAACUAGACCAGGAUAUAGAAAAGGUGCGAGUCAAUGAAUCCAACGAUGACCAGGAACAAUUGACUAAAGAGGAAACCUAUUCACCGUCAUUCAAUUUCCUUUACUGAAGUGAAGGACAGAAUGUGAGAUGCCAGACUGUGGAUAUCCUUAAAUUACAUGUAAUGUUUAUAAAUUGUAAUAACCAAAAUAUGCACUAUACAAAUAAUAAA